AUGUCAAACCCUUUCACCAAUGAAUACAAUCUUAGAACCGUUGCUACUAACCAAAGCAAGUCUUGUAUGAUAUGUUAUAAACCUUCAGUAAAUGUUUUGAUUACAGAGAAUAACGCUGAUUUUUUUUACAUUUGUUUGUCACAUUUAAAAGAUGAUUCGUUUGCCCUGAACAUCACUACUGAAGAGUAUGAUCAACUUGUGAAGAAAAAGGAAGCCUUAGAAUUACUACUAAAAGAAUUAGAGGAAAAGAAAGCCAAUUCUAAACCUUCAAUGUUCAAUAAAAUUCCAGGCAUGUCCGACAAAGAACAGUCUACCAAACAACAAGAGAAAUAUGAUAAUAUCAAGACAGAGAUCGAGACCAACGAUAAAGAAUUACAGAGUUUGAAAACCGAAAUUGAUAAUUAUAAAUUCAAGAAAUAUAACCUUAAUAAUGAUGUAUUUAGAAUCAGAUUAAGAAACUAUAUAAACAAGAAAGUGAAUGAAAAAAGAAUGAAGGAACUUAACGAACCUGGAUUUUUCCCUUCAACAGGAGGAUUGAAAGAUUUAUAG